AGUGUUACAGCUCUUUUAGAAUUUGUCUAGCAGGCUUUCCGGUAUUUGCCGGAAAGCCCCUUUCACAUAGCUUGUUCGUAACAAUAGAAUGUGUUUAGCGCGCACGAUUUCUGGAAGGUUUUUUUAGUAAAUAGUUUUCUCGGUGCAAGCGAUGUUAGACGCUUUGGAUACGAAGGUUCGGACCACGCCUGGGGGCUUCCGGCUACACCGGAUGCUGCUUCCUUUCCGCUCCCACUGGUCUUGGGAACUGUUAGUAGGACGUGGCUCUUUCUUCCUGAGCUUUCCAUUUAUCUCCGCUGCACUUGCAGCUUCAGACGCCGUAUGGCGUCCGCAGCGGCCCAACCCGCGGCCCUGAGCGCUGAGCAGGCAAAGGCCUCAAUCCAUUAAUUCCCUGCGCUCUCCACUGGGCCCGCUCUCCGUUCUCCGACGCCUCCCUGGGAUGCCUCUGACGCGCAGUGGUCCUGGCGGAGGUGAUCCAGGCGUUCUCCGCCCCUGAGAAUGCAGUGCGCAUGGACGAGGCUCGGGAUAACGCGUGCAACGACAUGGGUAAGAUGCUGCAAUUCGUGCUGCCCGUGGCCACGCAGAUCCAGCAGGAGGUUAUCAAAGCCUAUGGCUUCAGCUGCGACGGAGAAGGUGUCCUUAAAUUUGCUCGCUUGGUCAAGUCCUACGAAGCCCAGGAUCCUGAGAUCGCCAGCCUGUCAGGCAAGCUGAAGGCGCUGUUCCUGCCGCCCAUGACCCUGCCACCCCACGGGCCUGCUGCUGGUGGCAGCGUGGCUGCCUCCUGAGAGUUGGCCCUCCCUGUGCCCCUGCCAGGGAAGGAAAGGCCUUGAUGUUCCAGACGAUAAUAAACGUGCCUGUGACUUAG